GUGCUUUAGUUUAGACCAUCACUCUUGGCCCAGAAUCACGCCUGAUACGGACUGCUCUCUAAGGCGAUGACUCGCACCGACAUGACAUCAGCUGGGCUGGCAAUGCACAAUGUGUGUUUGUGCUUCAGAGCAGUCGCUUUCAAUCACAUUACAGCUCUUUGAGUGGCGCUAACUCAAGUGAUCUGAUGGCCAUCGUUUCUCUUGGUUUUGAGAGGUGUUGUCAUUUACAGUAGAAAUUGGCUCAGAGACACAGGUUCAUGGCUGUGCGCGUGAUUCGAGGAAUGGAUGACCUGGUGGCAUCUAGCAGCCAGCUCAUUUGGAGUGUGGCACAUGAGACCUUAAGGAGGUGGUACAACCGCACAUUGUUGCCAUGCCAACAUUUUCUUGUAGCAUGCUUAAGGAUUGGACAAAGCUACCAGAUGACUGAGGGACGUCAGUGCCAGGUACACCUACUCGACGGUCGGAAAUUGGAGCUGCUGGUUCAGCCCAAGCUUCUAUCGCGAGACCUGUUAGAUUUGGUGGCAUCCCAUUUCAACCUGAAGGAGAAAGAGUACUUUGGCCUUUGUUUUAUAGAUGAUACUGGUCAGAAUAACUGGCUUCAGCUGGAUCGAAAAGUCCUUGACCAUGACUUCUCUAAGACUUCAGAUACACUGGAACUCAAUUUUUUUGUGAGAUUUUACAUUGAGAAGAUCACCUUUUUAAAAGAAAACACGACUGUGGAGCUGUUCUUCAUGAAUGGAAAAUCGUUGGUGUUUAAUGAGCGCAUCGACGUGGAAAGCGAGCACGUUUUCAAGUUGGCUGCAUUCGCAUUGCAGGAGCUCAACGGUGAUUUUACAUGUACUGAAACAGCUAAAACAAACCUAAAGAAUCUCCCAGUUCUGCCCACCCAAGUUCUCAGAAAGCACCCGUCUCUCAGUUAUUGUGAGGACAAAGUGAUCGAACAUUACAAGAAACUGAAGGGGGUGACCAGAGGACAGGCCAUUGUUAAGUAUCUAACCCUGCUGGAGUCCUUGCCGACAUAUGGGGUCCAUUAUUACCCAGUAAAGGACAAGCAGGGAAUACCCUGGUGGUUAGGUGUCAGCUACAAAGGUGUUGGCCAGUAUGACUUACAGGACAAGCUGAAACCUAGAAAGUUGUUCCUGUGGAAGCAGUUGGAGAAUUUGUAUUUCCGAGAGAAGAAAUUUGCUGUGGAAGUAAACGACCCCCAAAGUCAAACAGUGAACAAGCGGCCCUUUGGACAAACUGGCCUUAUCAUUCACUCCUGGUAUGCCAGCCAUUCUCUUAUUAAAACUAUCUGGGUGAUGGCCAUCAGUCAGCACCAGUUCUACCUGGACAGAAAGCAAAGUAGAUCAAAUAUGACCACAACACGAAGUUCAGGAGAUAUUGCCAUGGAUCUUACAGAGAUCAGUGCCCAGCGGCUCAGUAAACACCCUGGUCUUGAAAGCAAAGAUCACCUUAUCAUGGCAAGCAGUGGGAGCCUCAUCUCAGCUGGUUCUGCCGACUCUGACGUUGCUGAGGAGCAAAAGAAACAGAAGAUUUCUGAGUUAAAAACAAAAGAGAAGAAACUUAAAGACACACUUACGCAGAAACUUGAAGAACUAAAGAAGAUCUGCAUGCGAGAAGCGGAACUUACAGGCAGUUUACCUAAAGAAUAUCCCUUGAUUACUGGUGAAAAGACCCCUCAAGUUCGAAGACGUGUUGGGACAGCAUUCAAGCUUGAUGACCUUUUCCCCUAUAAUGAGGAUCCUUAUUUGAGGAACCUGGAAAGCAGAUUUGCCUUGCAGCAGAAGAUUGUGGAAGCAGCCAUCAAGCUAACUAACGAGAUGGACCUUAACAAGACAGUGAAAAAAAAGAGAAAAAACAACUGUCUUGAUGCAAUGCGGAAACUGGAGGAGAUUGAGCAGGAGAUCAAUGCCUAUAGGGUCCGAAAAGGAAAAAAACCCACCCAGAGAGCUUCACUGAUCUUGGCAGAUGACGUCAAUCCAUCAGAACUCAGCUCUCUGUCUGACAGUUUCACAUUGGAUGAAGAUGACGAUCUCAGCUCCCAGAGGCAGCGAUCAAGUUCAGUCCAGUACUCUCCAAAACCCCACCAUGCAGACACACUCAGCAUCCACUGUAGCAAGGAGAGACGCUCUUCGGCUAAUGACCAGCACGCUAACAGCAGGUUAAAUUACAGUCCAAUCCAAGAGCCAGCCCACCACAGUCACCAUGAUGCCUUAUUAAGUCACAACAGUCCAUACAAAUCAGCUUGCAGACAGCCACGUGAUGCUCGCAGUAUGCCCCCCACCCCACUGCUCCCCCGCAACGCUUAUAGCAGUACUCAUCUAAAAUCAGAGGACACAACGCAUCUUUUUCGCCAACGUAGCGGCAGUCUGGAGUCUCAGUCGCAGUUUCUACCAGAGACUGAACCACCUGUGCCCACGUUGAACUUCACCCCAACCCGACGCAGCAACAGCACUGAGGUGCUCGAUGAUGGCUCCUCCUACACCAGCCAAUCCAGUGUGGAGUAUGCAGUUCCUGGGAACCACAACCACCGGCGUCGAGUGCGUGGCCGCCACCGGAAAGAUAUUUAUGCCAACACAGGCAGCAUGCCCAACUUAGCACAACCAGAGACUCACUGUUAUGCAUUCCAGCCCCGCACUCGUCCCACUACUACUGCCUACUACAUAACAGGAUAUCCUCACCAUACAGAGCCAGAGCAUUACUCUAAUGGCGCCUAUAUGUACGACAAUGAGACAGAGGGACAUUACAGCGUCAAUACAUCAUUCCAUUCCACCCAUGCGGUUUAUCGUGCCCAUGAUAUGCACAGUCGUUAUGGUGGCGAUGAGCUUGAUGGCAACUCGCAGAACUUGUAUGCAACGAUCCGGCCACCCAGAAACCGCCCAGCUCCCCGGAGUGAAGAACAGAUGUCAAGGAACUUUCAGAAGGCUGUUGUGGCUGAGCACUUGAGAGGCUGGUACCAUCGCAACACUGCUUACAAGCAGGCUGCAUACGACUAUGACCGAGGCUCCUUGCAGAGUCUGGGCUUCCAAACAAUGCCUGCACCCUUCAAUCAAAACAACAGAAGCCUCUCUUACUCAACAGGCUCCUCUACCGGAAACUGGCAUGGCAAUAUGGUGGACUGUGACAUACCUAAGCAGAUACCACAGGCCUACACCUACACUACAGCUCCCUUCAGCCGCUCCACCCACAGCAGAUCCUACAUAGAAGUCAACCAAAUGGACAUCAGCAACCGAACGCAAACAAGCAUGGACCCACAUGAUCGGAUUCACUGGCAUGAAGACUCAAAACCGGGAACAAUUGUUUAGCUCCUGGUCCUUCAAUAAUUUUCAACAGGACAAGUUGGUUCUUGUGCCUUAGACUGCACUUAAAUUUUUCUGAGCAAGGAGAUCCAAAGAAUGAAGGAGUUUACAGACAAAUGCCAAACAAAGCUAGAUCAUGACAGGUACUUUUUGUCUGGAUAGACAUUAAGUGUUUGUAGAGGUGGCACUCAUGCACUGUAUCUCACUGUACUUGGAGCUGUUGUGGAUUAUAGACUUUUAAGUACUCAGUCUUCCUAUAAAGACGUUGAAACUUUGCAGAGGCCACAUUGAGCCGUAAUGAACAAUUUCAUGGCAUCUUCUCCUGCCGCUUUCCUACACGUGUGAACAUAACCAUGAAGGACCAGACAAGGAUAAAAAAUGAAGGAACUUAUUGAGAGCGAACCGGACAAAGUGGACUCAUUCCUGGAACACUACACAGCAACCAGAUUAAUGUACUUUUAUUUCUGAAUGCUUUCAGCCACCAUGUGCUCAUUUGUAUUCAUUCUGUGUGACCAUGACAUUAUGGUAAAUGGGCUUUCACUUGGAUAGCGCUUUACUACCUUAAAGGUACUCAAAAGCUCUUUAACAAUGUCUCCUCAUUCACCUACUGAUGACGCAGCAUGAGGAGGAAUUGGGGGUUCAGUAUUGUUAAUAACAUUUUUAUAUGGUCAAAGGAGCUCUGUAUCAAAACCCAAACCUUUAGGUUGGGAGAUUACCUGAGCCAUACUUAAUGUUAGUACACUACCUACUGUCAAAUACAACAGAGUCGCACAUCUGUGUUUUUUAAGGGUGUAACGGUACAUGUAUUUGUAUUGAACCAUUUCGGUACGUGGUGCUCUGUUCGGAACAGAGGCGUACCGAACGAGUUUCUGACGUAAUGUAAACCUUACUUUUCGAGGCUGUGAGUCAAUCGGGUUAUAGUUUCUUUGUGUAGAUAACAUUUACUCAUUCUUCUCUACUAUAAUGAGGACCAACACUGUAGGACAGUAUAACCCAGAAACGUCAACGGCGCGAGAACGUGGCCGCCGCUAGAACGCAGUGAAACGCGGGCGUUAAAGUCAUCAGCCAAUGCACACCAGUCGCAGUGCGGCCGCGUGUUGCACGCGAAAAGAACGGCAGAGUUUAUUGUUUGACGCGAGACGCGACCCUCCUGCGUCAAUACUACUCCGGUAGCUAGGAUCGGGCAGACCAAAAGUCACUCGUGUAAAAAUACGGUGGAUCCGGUCGAUUUUCAAACUAAUAUGCAAUCGUAACCCACUUUUUGAGUCCAUCACAUCUCUUGAGUGGUAGAUCGGGGCACAGUUGACUUGUCUUUGUUGAUUUACUGCUGUCUUCUCUGAUAUAAUAUUAACCAACAUGGCCCCGUGUUCAAUACAAAACCCUCCAACCACAACAAAACAAGUAGGAACUAAUAUUCACAUAGGAACUAAAGUUAUACAACAUAAAAUAUACAAUAUAAAUGAAUACUGCAUCACAUUUGUAAAAUACAAAUACAUAAUAAAAUAAGUAAUAGCCCAUUUAAAUAAAAUACGGUAAAUGAAUUUUAAAAUAAAUUUAAAUAAAUAAAUGAGCUAAAACAUCUGUAAUUAAAUAAUAAGAAUAAUAAGAAUAAUACACAGAUCCUUCUUACACAAUUAAAUUAAUUUCUGUGUGGCGCUUUAACUUUAGAAAAUCCACCAAUAAAGCUUUUGAAAACCGUUCAUAAGGGGAAAAAAUGAUUCAUUGAGGCAUUUCAUUUGUAAAAUACAUGUUAAAAUCUUUGUCAUUGGGAUUGCUUUUCUCUUGAGCACAGGACUUUUUCCUUCAUUCAGAAUAAAAACUGACCAAUACGCGGGGUCUGAAAGGCAAAUUGUUGUUGGAUUAUCUCUAAAUACCCGGUACUUUUUGAGCAGAAUUCUAGUUUUGUAUAGGCUAAUGUUCCUAUUGUUGAAAGCACAAAGGUGUGUAAUAAACAACUAGCACAUUUAUAUUUUGCAUUUUGUUUUCUUACUGUACCGAAAAUGAACCGAACCGAACCGUGACCUCAAAAACGAGGUACGUACCGAACCGAAAUUUUUGUGUACCGUUACACCCCUAGUGUUUUUGUUUAACAGUAUUACUCCCAAGAAUCUAACAAAGAUCACUGCCAACCUACUACGAAAUAUAUUGGGCUUUGAAGAGAAGAAACUAACUAAAAACAUGGUUCUUUUACAUCCAUGCUGGAACUCAUGGACUGGUGCUCAUGAUUUUUCUUAAAAAAUAUAUAUAUAUGUUUUUAUUGUUAAUACACUGGUUGUUUGUAGACCAUUUUAUGUGUUCGAAAAGCAUGUAAUAUAUAGCAAAAAUGUUGUUAAGCUGGUUCUUAGGAUUUUGUAUAGUUUCACUUGUUUGAAUAAAACAAAAGAUUUUGUUUGA